ACAACAACUGCUCCAACAACAACAAGUACAAUUCCAAAUACAACAACUACAGCUCCUACAACAACAACAACUGCUCAGACAACAUCUACAGCUCCUACUACAACAACUCUUUCUCCUACUACAACAACUACAGUUCCUACUACAACAACUACAGCUCCUACUACAACAACUACUCCUCCUACUACAACAACGACAGUUCCUACUACAACAACUACAGUUCCUACUACAACAACUACAGCUCCUAAUACAACAACUACUGUUCCUAUUACAACAACUACUGCUCCUACAACAACUACUACUACGACAACUACUGCUGAUACUACGACAACUACUGCUCCUACAACAACUACUGCUGAUACUACGACAACAACUGCUGAUACUACGUCAACUACUGCUCCUACAACAACUACUGCUCCUACAACAACUACUGCUCCUACGACAACUACUGCUCCUACGACAACUACUGCACCUACAACAACUACUGCUGAUACUACGACAACAACUGCUGAUACUACGUCAACUACUGCUCCUACAACAACUACUGCUCCUACAACAACUACUGCUCCUACAACAACUACUGCUCCUACAACAACUACAGCUGAUACUACGACAACUACUGCUCCUACAACAACUACUGUUGAUACUACGUCAACAACUACUGCUCCUACAACAACUACUGCUCCUACAACAACUACUGCUCCUACGACAACUACUGCUCCUACAACAACUACUGCUCCUACAACAACUACUGCUGAUACUACGACAACAACUGCUGAUACUACGUCAACUACUGCUCCUACAACAACUACUGCUCCUACAACAACUACUGCUCCUACAACAACUACUGCUCCUACAACAACUACAGCUUAUACUACGACAACUACUGCUCCUACAACAACUACUACAACAACUACUGCUGAUACUACGACAACAACUGCUGAUACUACGUCAACUACUGCUCCUACAACAACUACUGCUCCUACAACAACUACUGCUCCUACAACAACUACUUCUCCUACAACAACUACUGCUGAUACUACGACAACUACUGCUCCUACAAAAACGACAGCUGAUACUACGACAACUACUGCUGAUACUACGACAACUACUGCUCCUACAACAACUACUGCUGAUACUACGACA